AUGAAGCCAAACAAAGAGGAUGCAAACACAGGUGAUAAUGGCAGUUUUCAGGAAGCUUUCUUGAAGCAAUUUCAAAAUCUUAUCACCCCUAUAUUAGUGAUUGGCCUGUUUCUUUCAUCAUUUUCAUUUGGUCCUCGUGAGCAACAACAGAUUAGUUUCCAAGAGUUCAAAAACAAGCUCCUGGAACCGGGUUUAGUAGACCAUGUAGUUGUUUCGAAUAAAUCAGUUGCAAAAGUGUAUGUAAGGAGCUCACCACGCAAUCAAACAAGCAAUGAUGUCGUUGAGGGACCAGUUGUCCAAGGACCUGCUGAUCCAAGCAAGAGCCAAUAUAAAUAUUAUUUCAAUAUUGGAAGUGUUGAAUCAUUUGAGGAGAAGUUGGAGGAAGCCCAGGAAGCAUUGGGGAUAGAUUCUCAUGAUUAUGUUCCUGCUACACAUACUUCUGAAAUGGUUUGGUACCAAGAGUUGGUUUGGUACCAAGAAUAUAUGUUACCUCUUCAAUUUUGUUAUGAAUUGAAUGUCGUGUUGUGAUGGAUUGUUAUUGAUUGUGAUAGACUAAUAGUAGUACAUAGUUAUUGAUGAUG